AUGACCCGGCUGCUUCCAACCAGCCCACACCGUUCCUGCGAGCAGGAGACCAGAAACGGGGCGAUACGAGGCUGCCACCCUGGAGCGGCACCCCCUCCUCCCUCUGCCUUCACCCACAGACCUCGCGCAAGCCGGGGUGGUGGAGCUAAGAGCAGAAACCAGACGUGGCUCGGCCACAACCGCGGGCGUGGGGUCUUCCCUAGGGAGCUGGCAGUCAGACCCUGGGGGGCGGGUGCCCGUCUGACGGGCCGGGACCAGCCCUCCCCAGCUCUGCCCUCUGCGUGGACGCCCAUUGUACUCAGCACAGGCAGCGGUUGGGAAGGGGGGACUCACAGCCCCAACCUCUCUGCCCCCCGCGCGGCCACCAGCGCCCUGCAGAACAAGUGGGUGUUCCUGGCCACCUUCGCGGCCGUGCUGGGCAACUUCAGCUUCGGCUACGCCCUGGUCUACACGUCCCCUGUCAUCCCGGCCCUGGAGCGCUCCCUGGAUCCAAACCUGAGUCUGACCAAAACCCAGGCGUCCUGGUUCGGGUCCGUGUUCACCUUGGGCGCCGCGGCCGGGGGCCUCAGUGCCAUGGUCCUCAGCGACCUGCUGGGCCGGAAGCUGAGCAUCAUGUUCUCGGCGGUGCCCUCGGUGGCCGGCUACGCGCUCAUGGCGGGCGCCCGUGCCUUCUGGAUGCUGCUGCUGGGCCGGACCCUGACGGGCUUCGCGGGAGGGCUCACGGCUGCCUGCAUCCCGGUGUACCUGUCUGAGAUUGCUCCCCCCGGUGUCCGUGGGGCUCUGGGGUCCACGCCCCAGCUCAUGGCCGUGUUCGGGUCGCUGUCUCUCUACGCGCUUGGCCUCCUGCUGCCGUGGCGCUGGCUGGCCGUGGCCGGGGAGGGGCCCGUGGUCGUCAUGAUCCUGCUGCUCAGCUUCAUGCCCAACUCGCCGCGCUUCCUGCUGUCCCGGGGCCGCGACGCCGAGGCCCUGCAGGCGCUGGGCUGGCUGCGCGGGGCCCAGGCCGACAUCCGCUGGGAGUUCCAGCAGAUCCAGGACAACGUGCAGAGACAGAGCAGCCGCAUGUCAUGGGCCGAGGCCCGGGACCCCCACAUGUACCGCCCCAUCACCAUCGCCGUGCUCAUGCGCUUCCUGCAGCAGCUGACGGGCAUCACACCCGUGCUGGUCUACCUGCAGCCCAUCUUCACCCGCACCGCCGUCCUGCUGCCCCCGCAGGAUGACGCCGCCAUCGUGGGCGCCGUGAGGCUCUUUGCAGUGAUGAUCGCGGCCCUCACCAUGGACCGGGCCGGCCGCAAGGUCCUGCUCUUUGUCUCAGCCUCCAUCAUGUUUGCGGCCAACGUGACACUGGGGCUGUACAUCCACUUCGGCCCCAAGCCUGUGGCCCCCAACAACACCAUGGGCCUCGAGAGCAUGCCCUUGGGGGGCGCAGAGCAGCCCCUGGCCACACCCACCACCUUCCUCACCCUGGUACCCCUGCUGGCCACCAUGCUCUUCAUCACGGGGUACGCCAUGGGCUGGGGGCCCAUCACGUGGCUCCUCAUGUCUGAGAUCCUGCCGCUGCGGGCCCGCGGCGUGGCCUCGGGGCUCUGCGUGCUGGUCAGCUGGCUGACCGCCUUCGCCCUCACCAACUCCUUCCUGCCAGUGGUGAACGCCUUCGGCCUGCAGGUGCCUUUCUUCUUCUUCGCUGCCAUCUGCUUGCUGAACCUGGUGUUCACCGGCUGCUGCGUGCCCGAGACCAAGGGCCGCUCGCUGGAGCAGAUCGAGUCCUUCUUCCGGACCGGGAGGCGGUCCUUCCUGCAGUAGGUCAGCGCCCCGCCGGGG